CCUUAAGUAAUGCCAUGUUAAACACUUCAAACGAAAUUAUUUUGACAGAAGUAAUCUCAAGUCAAAUAUACAUUGAGCGAAUUUCGAUAAUCUAUUUAGAUAAUCUAUCGCUGAACAUAAUGGUUGUAAUAAAUAGAGUUUGCCUUUGUUAUCUUAUUACCACAUGUCUCAUCAGUGCAUUUGUUUAUACUCUAAUCUACCAUAAUUUACUGUAUAUGAAAAAAAUUCAGAAGUUAUCCGAAAGUGUGGAUGAAAUUGCGCAUGUUGUUUUUCAGACACCAAAGAUUGGGAGAGAAGCUUAUGACCUCUCCGAAUUGGUGGACGACAAGGUGAAAAAACGUUUAACAGGAAUUUGGAAUGAAUUGUUUGCGCUCAAGAAAAUGAUCAAGCGAGACGAUAAAAGCAGAAGCAAAAAUGAAAUAUCCAUAACAAAAUUGGAGGAAAGAGUUAAUUAUGCCUCAGAUCAAUUGGGGGCAAAAAUUGUACACCUCGAGGCUACACCGCAUUGUCCCAGUAAUUUUAUUAAAUCGUGGAUGGGUGCAGAUUUUUUAACAAAUCCUCCCAUAAAAUUGUUACAAUCUGGAAUGGAGCCCGGUAAUUGUUUCACUUUUAAAAAUGAUGAAGCAAAUGUUACCAUUCAAUUGGCCCAUAGCAUUUUUAUAGAUGAGAUUUUAUUAGAUCAUAUCACAAAAAAACAGUCGCCCAUUGGGGAUACUUCAUCUGCACCAAAGGAUUUUCGAAUUGUUGCCAUACAUGGUGAUUUAUACGAAAUCCCUUUAGGGAAUUACAAAUUCAAUAAUGACCCAGAUGAACCUCUGCAACGUUAUGCUGUUGAGACACCUCACCCCGUCGAAUUUUUACGUUUAGAGUUUAAAUCCAAUCAUGGAAAUCCUAAUUACACCAGCAUUUACAGAGUUGCUGUUUUUGGAAAACUAUAAAGGCCGUCGUAUGAAAACUUACUUAAAUUUUUUAUUAUAUUAGUAUUAUAUAUUUUUUAAUAAAUAAAAUAUAUCUUUUAAUUU